AUUUUCAGAUCGACCCGAUAUAAAGUUCAACAUUUCUGGAGCAAUGUUAGAUAUUACCAAAGGAGAACGAGCACAUGUUAAAUGUACAGCUGACAGCUAUCCCGCCUCUAAUAUAUCCUGGAUUGAGAAGACCGAUAAAGAAGACAAAAUAAAGAAACAAUGUGAUUAUGGACAGGAAUGUGUUUUAGACGUAAAUGCAGAUGUCGUCUCUAAACAAUACUUUGUGUGUGAGAUACGCUAUUUGCAACUGAGCGACAAUAAAACUUUGAUUGUUAACAUCUACAAAUCUAGGAAACAAAGACACAUGUUCAACAUCGGAAAUGUCACAUUUAUUGGAAUCAUCGUCGGAAUAUGUUCAGCGCUUGUUGUAAUAGUUGCUGUAAUGGUUUUUGUCAUCAGAAACAAACGAAACAAUGAUCAAGAUCAGCCGAGUCAGGAAAGAAACAGACUUCGACAACGAAACCCAUCAAGACAACAAUCGCAAAAUGAAAGUCAAAAUGCAAAUAUUCACAUAUAUAACAACAUAAUAACUGAUAAUGAAGCUGUUACAAGAGAUCAAGAUAAUGAUGCUAGUAACUACGAGAGUCUUAGCGACCAAAGGGAUGCAGACAGGGUUUACAGUGAUUUAAGAAGUACAGAGCUAUAGAUGAUGAAAGUAUUGUUGUUGUUUAACGCUGGGUGAAACAAGGGAGAAACAACAAAUAAAGUUCUCUUCUUUUCAUUGUUGAAGAAAAUAAAACUGUUUUUCAUUAAAAUGUUUCACGUCCAUAUCACAUGAGAUACUGAUAUUUUUAUAUGUUUCAUUUGAACGUUUUGCAUAUUUAUUUUUGAAGU